CGUCGUUAUCAAGGUUUUACAUCUUUCAAUGGUUAAUGCAAUCAAAGGAGUGUUCGUCUCUUGCGAUAUACCGAUGACACAGUUCAUAGUGAACAUGAACAAUUCGAUGCCUCCGUCUCAGAAAUUCAUAAUUCAUGUGCUUGAUAGUACUCACUUGUUUGUGCAGCCACAUGUUGAGCAGAUGAUUCGCAGUGCCAUUUCUGAUUUUAGAGAUCAAAACUCUUAUGAGAAGCCCACUUCUUAGAUCACAUCACACACUCACAUGCUUCUUUUUUUCUUCCAUUUCAUUCAAAUGAAUAAAACUUCAUUGAGAGACCGAGAGUUUGAUUAACUCAUGCUUAUAGAGAGUUAUUAUAGUGAACUUUAAUCUCUCUGCUUGUGUUGAUUACUUUGUCACUCUUUUAAUGAGUAAACACGUUUGUUUUGUUAUUGUAAUAAGAUCUGAACUCUCAA